AUAAGACUCAGUCUCAAAUCAGAGUAGUGCAUUCAACAUCUACUUUAUUGCCGUAAUCACCUGUGUUCUUUGAGAGUUGCUUCUGAAUUGUGAAUUUCUUCAUUGCCAUGGAGAGGAGUGAUAGUCCUUUAUUAGUAUUUAAGAUCUUCAUACCUAUCAUAACCUUUGGUUUUUUGUCAAUCUGCUGUGCUGGCUUCUGUAAAAUAUGCCAGCGGGUUCGUAAGGAGCGCGAGGAGCGUGUGCAGGCUGAGGUUCGAGCCAUGGAUCAACCGUCUGUCUACGUCAUUCCGAUCUCUCUGUCUGAAGAUGAGCUGCACAGGCCACCGCGCUACAGCACUGUACAGUUCUACGAGCCGCCUCCUGCUUAUCACGAGUUGAAUCUGAAGCCCGAGGCUUGUCCGGUGGAACCCCCUCCUGCGUAUUCAGAAUCCAUCUCUCCUUCACCCUCACAUUCAUGAUCAUAAGUGCAUCUCAAGCACUUGGACUGGUUAAAGGAAAAAUAAGAGGCA